UUUAUCUUCCAAAGGGGAAAAAAAAAUAAGAAAAGAAAGAAAGAAAAAGGUUACUGAGUAUCGAGCAAAAUGUUGAGGUUGACGAUAUCCCGUUUGCCGGCGCCAUUUUCCAUCACUUGUCAAAUACCAUUUGCUGCACCGCUAUUCACCUUAUCUACACGACGACGUUUUGCUCUGUUCUAUUGCUCCGACUCACAAGCUGAUUCUACUCUACAACUUUCUUCGAAACAGGGAAAUUUGAAGUCAGGAUUGUAUCUAGUUGGAACCCCAAUUGGAAAUCUUGAAGAUAUCACAUUAAGAGCUCUGCGAGUUUUGAAAUCAGCAGACGUGAUACUUGCUGAGGAUACAAGACAUUCGGGGAAAUUGCUUCAACAUUACAACAUUAAAACUCCUCUACUGAGCUAUCAUAAAUUCAACGAGGCACAAAGAGAGCAAUCGAUAUUGAAGAGAUUGAUUGAGGGUGAGAUUAUAGCACUUAUCAGUGAUGCUGGGACACCGGGAAUCAGCGAUCCUGGCUCCGAACUGGCGAAGUUGUGUGUGGAGGCAAAUGUUCCGGUCAUACCCAUACCUGGACCUUGUGCAUUUGUGGCUGCUCUUUCAGCCUCGGGUUUGUCCACAACUGAGUUUGCAUUUGUUGGGUUUCUUCCCAAAAAUGCAAGUGCUAGAAGGGAUAGGCUAAUGGUUUCUUCAAAUGAAGCAGCCACUCAAAUUUUCUAUGUUCCUCCACAUAAGCUUUCACAAUUUCUUGAAGAAACUUCAUCUCUUUUUGGUGAACUUAGGCGAUCUGUGAUGGCUCGAGAGAUCACCAAAAUGCAUGAAGAGUUUUGGCGAGGCACUCUAAGGGAAGCCAAAGCAGCAUUCUUAGAUCGCCAACCGAAGGGAGAAAUCACAUUUUUGAUUGAAGGCAAGCCGCAUUGUGAGAUUGAAACUCCAACGGAAGCUCAACUGGAGAAUGAUUUGGCAGAGCUAAUCUCCAACGGCCAUACUCUCUCUGAAGCAGUCAAAUUGGUAGCUGCAGGAUCGUCAAUGAAGAGAAAAGUGAUAUAUUCAUUGGCCUUGAGAAAAUUUGGGAAAUAUGAUGUGGUGGAUGAUGUAGAUUGAUGCUUUUGAUCAUACGAGGUUCGUUAUAAUGCAUACUUGCUCCUGUUUCUGUUAAGAGGCAGGAAAUAUUUUAGCUUUUCCAUAUCUAUCAUAGGUAAAGUUUUGUGUAAGUUAUCCAUUUUGUAGCUCGAGUUGCUACCUAGGUUUCAUAUUUGACAUUUUGUUUGAGAUUCAUAUGCCAAUAAUGUCGGCCUAAUUUCCGACAUUUUUUUA